AUGUCUUCCACGACCGCACUCGUUCCAGACCCCGACUCCGCAGCCCGCCCGCGUAAUCGCCGACUCGUGUCCACCGCCGGCGCCUCGACCGCCGCGUCCGUCUUCUCCAGCGCCGACACCAGCCCCUCGCAGAGCCGGGGCGUGAGCCCCAUCCCGUCUGCGCGCGUGGGCCGGCCCUUCGCUGCUGCCAACGGGACGAGGGGAAGCGGCUCUGCUUCUAGCAGGGCGAAGAGCACGGGAGCUGGCGGCAAGGGCCUCCUCGACACGACCACCUGGUCCCCGAGCUGGGCCUCCGUCACCGAGUUCGCGUCGUCGUUGCUCGGCGAUGCCUACAAGAGCGACAACGAGAGGAGCGGGAGCAGGCCGCGCAAGCCUAUCCGCAGGACGAACCCCGCAAGCGCGGCGGGCACCUGGGGCCCAGCGCCUCCGGACAAGUCGCGGCCGCGGGCGGAGGACAUAGCCGCUGGCUCACUGGCGGAGCGGGAAGCGGCGCUGAAAGCGGUCAAGACGGCCAGCGUGUUGGAGAGCCACCCCGGCGUUAAUGGAGGCCUGGACGUGGCGGGAAAAUUCAAGCGGCGGUCGUCCGAGGAGGACUUGCAAGGGGCGGCGGCACAGAAGCAGGAAGUCGAGGAGUACCUGGUCUACAUCCACCACGUGCAGCCGACCGACACCUAUGCCGGGAUAGUGCUCAAGUACAGGUGCCGGGAGGACGCGUUUCGGAAGGCCAACGGGCUCUGGUCGAGGGACAAUAUCCAGGUCCGCAAGUGGCUGGCUCUCCCUGUCGACGCUUGUGAGAUCAGGGGCAGGCCCAGCGAGGGUCCGUCGUACUAUUCAAGGAACGUUGACCUCUUGGCGCCCACGCCGGGCGCCGGUGAUGAAGGCGGCGACGAUUUCUUCGCCAGUAGCGCGAAGAACAGGGCGCCUGAGCGUCCGAAGCAGGAAGAAGAGGAACCAGCCCCCUGGGCGCACGUCAAGUGGGUUACGGUAGACGGGUUUGCUGAGCCUGUCGAGAUCGGCAGGGUCUCCCGGAGAUCCCUAGGGUUCUUCCCGCCGCGGAGGAAAAAGAGUCUGCACACUGUGUCUACGCUAUCGACACCCCGGCAGUCUCUGGACGUACCAGCGAGUGGCAGUCCAGCUGGAGAUCUCGCGGUAGGCAGCCCUGGAAGCACUCGCUCUCGAAGUCUGAGCAGUGCAGGGAGGGGCCCAUUAAUCAACGCAUAUGGGAGUUCUGCACCCACAACGACACGGAGCCGCGGAGGAAGCGGCGGGGACGAUAUCCGGCCUCUAUGGAUGCGGCGUCCGGGCGGUGUCGGUACCAUGGGCAAAGGCGUCCGCAUGCCUGGGCCCGACAAGGACGCCUUCAACUCGUGGGCCAAGAAGCAUCUGCCGGGUCUGAACAUCGAGAACCUGCCCUCCAUGUCGGUCAUGGGCUCCGAGACGGCACACUUUGGUUUUAUGAAGGACGCCUCGGGCAUCGUGGAGAGCCCGUUCGAGGACGGCCGCGAUGUGUCUACCGCGCUUCACCAGCAGCAGGGCAACGGGCUGGACAAGGCCGCGGCGGCCGUCGAGACGUGGCUGCGGACGGCCUUUGCAAAGAAGCCCGGUACGCCUAGUCUGGGACCGCGCCGUGCCCGGGCCGAUCAACAGGGGCUUGGCGAUCUUAUCGAGCUUGAAGACACCAACAGCGAUGACGGGAGAGGAGGUGGCGGCGCUUUCGAUAUCUCCAACAACGCGGGGCUGCUGAGGUCCGUAUCGCAUGCUUCGACCGCGAGGAGCGACGGUGCUUCAUCUGCGGCAAGCAGAGGCAGGAAUGGUGCGAGCCACAUGGCGAAGGGGAAGAAGGCCGACUAA